AUGGCGAAUCCAAUUCGUAUUUGUAUAAUAGGUGGUGGGAUUAUUGGUGCUUCGAUUGGUUUUCAUUUAUCCGAAGCUGGAUGUUCUAAUAUAACUAUUGUUGAACGAACAAAUAUUGCUUGUGGUGCUAGUGGACGUGCAGGAGGAUUUCUUGCAAAAAAUUGGCGUUCAGGUGCAGAAGGAAAAUUUUCUGAGUCAAGCUUUUUAGCACAUGCUGAGCUUGCUCAACGUCUAAAGGACGACUUUUCUACAGAUGUUAUGUAUCGUCGUUUGACAACAUUUAAUAUAUCGAUAAAUGAAAAUAAUGAUAAAAUAAAUACCAGUAAACAUACUGGUGAUAAACAAUCAUUACCGGAUUGGAUUACUGCUAAUGUUCAUGAAAAAGAAAUGUUAGGAAAUGAAGAUACAACAGCACAAGUUCAUCCGGGAUUAUUAACAAAUGCUUUGGUAAAAAUUAUAGAAAGUCGAGGUGGACGUGUUAUUAUUGGUGCAGCAAAUGGAUUUCUUUUUGAAACUAUAACAACUCAUACAGAAAAAGAUGAACAUCAUCAAACAUCACCUGUUCGAGCUAUUAAAGUAUUAAUUGAAGAUCAAGAACCUAUUGAAGCUGAUAUAUUUAUACUUGCCAUGGGACCAUGGACAUAUCAAGCAGCACCUUGGUUUCGAGAUGCAAUUGUAUUUAAAGAAAAUAUUUCUCAUCAAUUAGAUGUUAUUGGUGGAGUCAAAGCACAUAGUAUAGUAUUGAAAAAUAAUCAACCAACAGAACCUUAUGCAUUUUUUCUCGCCUAUCAAUCACAUGAUGGUAAUGUAUUAGAUCCUGAAAUUUAUCCGCGGCCAAAUGGUGAUAUUUAUGUAUGUGGAUUUUCAGAAGAACAUACACAAAACUUGCCUGACAGUGGUAAUUCAGUAUCGAUUAAUGAAAAUAAUUGUGAACGGCUGCGUCAAAUAGCAGUUCAAGUAGCAUCAACAUUAAAAGAUUCUAAUGUCGAAAUAAAACAAGCUUGUUAUUUGCCACAAUCACGUGAUGGAAAUCCAUUAAUUGGACGUCUUCAUGGGUUAAAUAAUGUUUACAUAGCAGCGGGUCAUAGCUGUUGGGGAAUUUUAAAUAGUUUAGCUACGGGUGCACAAUUAACUCAAUUGAUUUUGAAAGGUGAAAUGUCACCGUUUUUAAAACAAUGUGAUCCAACACGAUUUUACCGUCAUGGAAGUCAUAAAUAG